CUUCCGGCGGGUGAGCGCGGGAGCAAGAUGGCCACUACCAAGCGUGUGCUGUACGUGGGUGGGUUGGCAGAGGAGGUGGACGACAAAGUUCUUCAUGCCGCCUUUAUCCCUUUUGGAGACAUCACAGAUAUUCAGAUUCCUCUGGAUUAUGAAACAGAAAAGCACCGAGGAUUUGCUUUUGUUGAAUUUGAGUUGGCAGAGGAUGCUGCAGCAGCUAUUGACAACAUGAAUGAAUCUGAGCUCUUUGGACGGACAAUUCGUGUCAAUUUGGCAAAACCAAUGAGGAUUAAGGAGGGCUCGUCCAGGCCAGUGUGGUCAGAUGAUGACUGGCUGAAGAAGUUUUCUGGGAAGACUCUCGAAGAGAAUAAAGAGGAAGAAGGGUCAGAGCCUCCCAAAGUAGAAACCCAGGAGGGAGAGCCCACGGCAAAAAAGGCCCGGUCGAAUCCCCAGGUGUACAUGGACAUCAAGAUUGGGAACAAGCCAGCCGGCCGCAUCCGGAUGUUGCUGCGUUCCGAUAUUGUUCCCAUGACAGCAGAGAAUUUCCGAUGCCUGUGCACCCACGAGAAGGGCUUCGGCUUUAAGGGAAGUAGCUUCCACCGCAUCAUCCCUCAGUUCAUGUGCCAGGGCGGUGAUUUCACGAACCACAACGGCACGGGGGGCAAGUCCAUCUACGGGAAGAAGUUCGACGAUGAGAACUUUAUCCUCAAACACACGGGACCAGGCCUGCUCUCCAUGGCCAACUCCGGCCCAAAUACCAACGGCUCUCAGUUCUUCCUGACGUGUGACAAGACGGAUUGGCUGGAUGGCAAGCACGUGGUGUUUGGGGAGGUCACAGAAGGCCUGGAUGUCCUGCAGCAGAUUGAGGCCCAGGGCAGCAAGGACGGGAAGCCAAAGCAGAAGGUGAUCAUCGCCGACUGCGGGGAGUACGUGUGAGUCUGCACACGCCGUCUCUGCACUGCCCCUGCCUAUCCAGGAGCCGUCAGCCUGGGAACCAGCACGUGAGGGUGUCUGUCCCCUUUGUGGCAAGCAGCGGUGUGUGUCGUGGCCCUUCUUGGGGGUCAGCUUGGAGCAGCUCUUCUGCAGACACGGCCCGGGCUCCCCCUGGCUCUCUCCCAGGUGUGGCUGUGGGCCCAGGAGCUCGCAGAGGUCCCCACUGUGGACGGGCUGUGCGUGACCUUUUCCAGGCCUUUGCUGCCACGGCUUCUCCUGGGCCCACCAGCAGGGCUCCUGGACAUCGCUUCUGGCAAAAUAAAUCCUAGUUCUUGUACUGUGAGUCCAGCUAGUUCCUAGGAGUUGUGCGAGAUUGCAUCUCUGCUGAAUUAGGCUGGCAGAGGGAUAGGGCAUAGCUUUUCUUUCCUCCCUUGGGUGGAUUCCCUGAGAUGCCAGGUGGUAUAUCUUCAAGCCAGGUAUGCUUGUCAGACCAUGGUCAGGACAAUGGAAAUCAAAAAUAUCAAAGAAGUCUGUCUCCUGCUGCCUUCUACUCCUGAACUCCUGCUGGUCAGUCUUUGAGGCAGCAAGUGUACUUUAUCACUCACAACGAUUCAUUUGUUUCUUCAUAUUCGUUCUACCGAAUUUUUUUUAAGUAAGCUCUGUGCCCACUGUGGGGCUUGAACUCCUGACCCUGAGAUCAAGAGUCGCAUGCUCUACUGAGCCAGCCAGGCGCCCCCAUUCUACAGAAUUUGUAAAUGCUGUUUUAUAACUCAGAGUGCCUUCUCUGUGCCAGGUACUGUGCUUAUUUGUCCGGAGGCAGGAGGUCACCCAGCUCUGUGGGCCUAAUCCAACCUGCUGCUUUUUUUGUGAGUAAAAAGUUAUUGGAAUACAGCCACAUCCAUCCGUUUACAUAUCAUCUAUGGCUGCUUCCAUACCGCAGGGACAGAUACUGUAUGGUCCCUAUGUUAGAGCUGUCCAGAGAAACAGAACCAGUAGGAUGGGUGUAGAUAUGUAUAUAGAGGGAGAUUUAUUUUAAGGAGUUGGCUCCGUGAUUGUGGGGGCUAGCAAGUUGGAAUUCUGUAGGGCCGGCAGGCUGGAGACCCAGGGAAGAGUUGAUAUUGCAGUUCGGGUCCGAAGGCUGUCUGGAGGCAGAAUUCCUCCUCCCUCGUGCAGUCUCAGUCUUCUCUCUCUUAACAGCCUUCCACUGAUUGGAUGAGGCCCACGCACAUUGUGGAGGGUAAUCUGCGCUACUUCCAGUCUGCUGCUUUACACAUUAAUCACAUCUGAAAAGUACCUUCUCAGCAACAUCUAGACUGGUGUUUGACCAAAAACCGGCUAUCAUGGCCUAGCUAAGUUGACACAUAAAAUGAACCAAUACAGCCUCAAAGCCUAAAAUACUACUUGAACCUUUGCAGGACGAGUUUGCUGAUGGCUGAAACACAUGGUCCCACCCUGUGCUGAGCUUGGUCCUUCUAAUGCAGCCACUGCUCAAGUCAAGCUGGCUCCUCUUCUCCAUUCCCUCUCCACAUACUGCUCAGCCAGGUGGUUUUCAAGAAUCCCUCACCUGCUGAAGGCCCUGAGCAGGGGCUGAGCCCCAUGGUCACUAGACACCUCUCUGUGGUUGGGUUACCAGGACCAUUCAGAAUCCAUCGGGAUGGGCUUUUUCAUCUUGAGAUCUGGACAAGCCAGACGUAGGAGAGGCCUGAUGCCUCCUGGCCCUGGUGACCCCAGGAGCACUCCUGUGAGGGAUGAUAGCAUUCUGCCCCUACCUCUGGCUUCUGUACCCAAUGGACUCCCAGCCCUUGGCUGAGCUCCUGCUCAGGGUUCCUGUCUCCUUGUGGCUAGGAUGUACCACAUGGUUACCCUUGACCCUGUGGAGCUCCCAAAAGAGACCUUCCCUCAAAGCACAGGCCCCCACUCUGAGGGCAGACUCUGGCCAUCACGGGUCAGUCACCAGGAAAGGAGGUGUAGAAAGGGUGUAGCAUGGCCACCUCCCAAGAGGGGCCUGACUUCUGUGACAAUGACCUUGUUACUUUCUGUUCUUCCCUGGUAGCACCCACUGGGCACCACUGCCCCUCCCGGUGCUCACAGGUGUUAUCACUGUAUCCACAGCAGAACCCUAUACAGAAGGAAACCAUGGCCCGAGUGACAUGCCACAAAGUCACCCAGAAUAUGGCAGAGCUGGGACAGGAAGCUCGGCCUGCCUGCCCCUAGUUUAGUGGGGUCCUGGGAGGUUUACUGGGCUCUAGCCUCAGUCUAUGGCAGGGGGCCCAAGGCCCUGGGGGAAGACACGGUCAUGGUCCCUAUAAUUAGCCUGGACCCUUUGGGGAGACCCAAGGAAGCCAGGCUCUUCUCUGCCAGGCAGGAGGGGCCCAGAGCCCGGGGAGCAGUGGCCUGGCUGCCUGGUUCAGCUGUCACAGCACCAAACCUCUGUUGCAUACGAGGACUGCACCGUUGGAAGUGGACCGGAGGGUGCCAUGCGGCCUUUGCUGUGGCCCAAGGACAGAGUGCCUGCCUCAGUUGCCUGGCUCCCAUCCAAGGUGGCCUCCUGGUCUGUGUGCGUGUUGCUCCGUUGCAGCAAACAGGGCUGGGUUUUGCCGGUGCGCAGACUCCUUUAGGCUGUGGCCCUGAGGUCAGUCCUGCGGCUGCUGGAGCUCCCUGUCGGAUUCAGGCGCUGCGAGCUCUAGGCCCCUGUCACAACAGCCUGCAGCAACCCUCCCAGGAAGGCAUUAGGGACCUACUUUUUAGUUGUGAACACUGAGUCUCAUAGGCUUCGGGGGUUAAAAACCUAGAAGGCCAUGUUUUCAAAAAAUAUUUAUUAACAGGAAAAUUUCUACUGCAUAAUAAAGUGGGAAAAGCAUAUUUCAAAGCAAUUUAUAUGACAGUAUGAUCCUAAUUUUGUAAAAAUAUCUGAUAUGUAAACAUCUGUAUGUGUAUAUCCUAAGAUAAAGGCCUAGAAAUAAAUUCACCAAAAUAUUGUGUUUAUGAGUCAUACAACUAUGGUGAUUUCAGUUGUAUUUUUCCAGUUUUUCCUCCAAAACUGCAUUCUUUUUGUAAUAAAUGAAAAACCCAUUUUUUAAAAGGGUGGGUGAAGCUUUGUACCUUCAGCAGGCUGGUGGGAUCCCCUCGCCUCUGGGAACACAGGGAAAGCUUCAUAGCCCUGGCCAUAACCAGGCACUUUCCUUAGGCCUUGAAAGCAGGUGAGAAUACAACGUUCUCCCUCCACGGAUUGCAGGGUGUAGGUUUUUCAGGAAAAACCUCAGCUCUGAAAUAAACACUCCCAUCACCUACAGAACACUUCCUAGGAGGAGGUUUAGUGGACAAGCGUGGAAAGGACUAAGCAGAUCAGCAAAUUCUUUUGUAAUAAUGCCAACAGGUACCUGCUGCAAAGUGUUUAUAUGGCAGACGUUGUCCUACAUGUGAAUGUCCCUACUGAUCUUUGUAAUAGCUUGGAAGGAAAGAAGCAAUAUCCUGCUCCAGAGAAGAAAAACCAAGAUUCAAACCCAUUUGACUUCAAAAUUCCUCUUGCUAUGCUGCUUUCCUAUUUCUUAGGGAUUUUUCCAGAAGGGGUCACUUUACCACCUUAGAAAACCGUGAACACUAACGUGCUGCUUGGCCUCGAGGCCAGCCUUGCACUGCCCAAACCAAGGCUGACUGUCAUGCGUCUGCCCUCAGCCCUUUCCCACAUGCCCUCCCUUCCUGGCAAGUCACUGACUCCUCGUCGCUCUCGGGUCUGACCAACUGCCCGUAUUUAUCCUUCCAGUCCCGUGCAACCAGAUAAACAAGCCAUGCCCUGAGUGAGAGAAAGGGAAACGGUGCCAUCUGGGCCGCUCCCUGCAGCUGCCGUGCUUGGCUCAGCAAACAUAACUGGGAAUACAACACAUGAAGCAAGUGCGUGCAAUAUCAUGCAUAAAUGGGAUAAAAUGCAUGGGCCUCAUACCCAUUCACAAUUGUUUCACUGCUCAGGGCUUUUUCUAUGCGAUCUCAUUCAGUGACUGCGUGGAUGGCAAAGGCUGCUGGAAGUCUGACCCAGGUAGGAAGGCAAAGGCUUAUUUUUCAGCUGUUGGGCAUGCAAAAGGAAGGUUAUGACCUCCCGGCAUCCGUGCCAUGCUCAGCCUGACAGGUGAGGUGCGCUCCCAGUCUAUAAACCUUGGGAGUGAUUUGACAGACAUUCCUGGUGCACCCCUAAUUGUGCCAGGCUGUUGGCUGGGUACCAAAGGUACCAGGUGAAUUUAAAAAUUGUUCAAAUAACUGGCUAAUGUUAAAUUUAUACUUGCCCAAAAGACAGUCCUCGAUGUUAGGAAGACAGUAGUGUCAAAGGAUUAGAAUGGCAAAGAGGUUCCCUAUUACAUACCAACUCUUACCUGUGACUGCCACCUGAACCGAGUUCGGGGUGCCGAGGCUGGAUCUGGCUGGGCACAGUGUGAAAAAGUGCUGACAGACAGAUUCCUGGCAGGAGGCUCUCUGGAGACCCGAAAAGCUCAUUGCCUUCAGGUUCGGAAGGAAAAUGAGGCCCAGACGGGGAAGCCACCUACAAAUCCGGUCUCCUAACAUCUACGCCAGAGUUCAGAUCCCUGCACUGAUGGGGAACUCUCCACCUUGCAGACAGUCUGGGCCCACCCUCUGUGUACCCGGGGGGGGUCUCUCCCUCUGCGCUCGCUCCAGAGUCCCUUCCCGGUCCCUGCAGAGGGGCCGCUGUCCUGCACCAGGGCCCCAGCAUCCACACUCGCUGUCCCACCUGCUGUCCCGGGGCCCCUCCUCGGGGUGCCGAGUGACUGCUGAGAGGCGCAUCCUGGGGCACAUGGGGGGAGCGGGCCCCCAAGGUGCUUUGAAUGACACAGUAUUUCAGGGUUCAGGCAGCAGGACUCUGCCCCAGCAGGUAACUUACAGGCUUAGCGAGUCAGAAAUCAAAUGCUCCAGCGGCCUGUGGCGGUUUCCAGGACCCUCCUCACCCGGGGCCAGCCUGAUUACUGCCUGUCACUCCCCAGGGACAGGUGACCUUGUCUCGGGCUCACAGGUCUCGCUCCCGGGCACACAGGGCAAUGCAGAUUAUGACAGCCUGUUUCUGACAACUUCUGGACAUGAGCGGGUGCUGGGAGGCCCUAGCCCCGGCCACAGGCUGCCCAGGGUCACAGAGGCACUGCUGUGGGUGAAGUGGGUUGCUCCUUAGCACGGCAGAAGAUGGCAAACAGUUUUCACUUCACGUGUCAACUCUGAUCUCUUGGCUGUGGCGGCGUGGAGUUCUAAUAUGGAUUAUUUUGAAAUUCUAUACAGAUUUGGAAGGAAAAAAUAUCAAGAUGGAUGAUUAAUUUUUGCCAUGCCAAAGGGAAAGGGAAAAGAUGUCAUCUCUGCUGAGCACUGUCAUCCUGGGCCACCCAAUGUAUCCACCAUGCUAGGCUCAAGAAAAAGAUAACUUUUCCAUGGAGCUGAGCUCCUCAUGGUUCAAUAUGGUGACAGAUAGAUAGGCAAGUGAAACCUUCCAAAUUUUUUGUUUCUACAAAGGCCAAAUGUCCAUGCCCUGCACCUCUCCUCCAGACAGCAGAGGCAGAUCAAGGCAGGAAGAUGGGGGGAAGAUGGAAGGAGACGGAUGCAUUGCCCUUGGCCCUACAUCAUGUUGUUCAUUCAGCUCGUUCUUGAGUUGACCCACAUGCCUACCAGCAGGUUGAUAAUUCAGAUCCACAACGACACAACGAGUGUGAGUUCACAUUCUAACAAAAGUGCCCAGAAAAUGCCUGGGAGGGGCAGGCAACUGAAAGUAGACCAGACCCUGUGUACACAUAUCCACGCCCUGGAAUGCACAGCAAAGAGCCCGAGGGAGCCAUUUUGGGCCCUAGGUGCCUCUCAGUUCACCC